AUGGACAAGAUGAGGGAAGCAAAGUUGAGAUGGUUUGAGCAUGUGAAAAAGAGGUCCGGGGAAGCUCCAGUUUUCUGCUGCUACUGCUGCUCUGUUUUGCAGUCUUGUUCUGUUUUGCUGAUUAUUUUUCUUAACAGUCAGGAGAAAGCACGGGUCUGCCUAGCAGCAAACGCAAUACAGGUCUCAUUGAUUAGUGUUUCAUCUCUGUUUUCUCAAAACAGAGAAAGCAGAGGUCUGCCUAGCAGUGAUCUCCACUCAAUAUAUAUCUUCUAUUCACUCGGCUCUCAGGUUAUGGCACCUAGUAAGCAAUGGAUGCAACUUUCUCUUGAUAAACGGGUUGACCAAGCCUAUUUAGACGGGGUGCAAAAGUUUUUGGAUUAUGCUUUUCGGGGAUUAGGAGAAGAAGAUGAAAUACGAUGUCCAUGUUACAAAUGUUGUAAUACAACAUUAGGAACUCGUGAGAUGAUUGAUACACAUUUGAAAGUAUAUGGAAUAAUUCAAAAUUAUACUUUUUGGUAUCACCACGGAGAACAUUUAGGUGAGCCAAUGUCAAACUCUGAAGAUGAAAGUGAUCAUGAAGUAGAAGAUUAUGAGAGUGAAGAUGAAGUACAAGAGUUGUUGAAUGAUUUAUAUCCUAAUGUUGAUGGAGGAGCUACCCACACUGGUUAUGAUGAUGUAGUUGAGGAGGAACCAAAUGUUGAAGCUAAAAGAUUUUACAGCCUAUUGAAGGAUUUGGAGCAGCCACUAUACCAAAACUCAAAGGCUUCAAAGCUUUCAUCUUUGAUUAAAUUGCUUCACAUCAAAAGUAUGGGUCGUUGGAGUAAUGUGUCAUUUAGCAUGCUAUUAAAAAUGUUAAAAGAGGAGUUAUUGCCUAAUGGGGCCAAUUUGCCAAAUUCAUAUUAUGAGGCAAAGAAGAUUAUUCGAGAUUUUGGGGUUUCUUACGAUAAGAUUGAUGCUUGUAGUAAUGAUUGUAUGUUAUAUUGGAAGGAGGAUAGCUUACUCGAUUCUUGCAAAAUUUGUGGUGGGUCCAGAUGGAAAAUAAAUACACAUACUGGGGAAACAAAGAAUAAAAAGGGUAAAAAGAUAGCCUCAAAGACUUUACGUUAUUUUCCCUUAAAGUCUAGGCUUCAAAGGUUGUUUAUGUCUACAAAGACAUCUUCUCUAAUGACAUGGCAUAAGGAUGAAAGAACUAAUGAUGGAAUAAUGAGGCACCUAGCUGAUUCAAUGGCAUGGAAGUCAUUCGAUGACCUUCAUCCUUCAUUUGCAAUCGAGCCUCGCAAUGUUCGACUUGGACUGUCUAGUGAUGGAUUUCAGCCAUUUCGCAAUUCAAAAAUCUCACAUAGCAUUUGGCCUGUGGUUCUUAUUCCUUAUAAUUUACCACCUUGGUUGUGUAUGAAACAAGAAAAUUUUAUAUUGUCAAUGCUUAUUCCUGGUCCAAAUGGUCCUGGAGAUGCAAUUGAUACAUAUCUUCAGCCUCUAAUUGAGGAAUUGAAGGAGUUGUGGGAAGUUGGUAUUGAGACCUUUGAUGCAUCAACUAAACAAAAUUUUAAGUUGCAUGCUUCUUUGUUAUGGACUAUCAAUGACUUUCCAGCUUAUGGAAAUUUAUCUGGAUGGAGUACAAAAGGAAAAUUGGCAUGUCCAUCUUGUAAUAAAGACACCUCCUCAAUUCGAUUGGCUAAUUGUAGGAAAUAA